UGGUAUGUAGCCUCUGCUGCUGGUCAGAGGAGACUUAGUGAAAAGGAAAAGUUCAUGGUGAGAACUACUAAUACAUUUGCUGAGAGGUUUAUUUAUAGGUUUAAGAAAGCUAUAAUAAGUAAUAUUCCGGUCGAAGACCGGAGUGAGAUAUAUUCUUGGAUUAAGAAGAUCCUACCGGCGGAUAAAAUUAUUGAAGAUAUUAAAAAGCAGAAGUUCAACUUUAUUAGAGAUGAUUUUUGA